AUGAAUACGGACUGGGGCUCGCCGCCGUCAUAUGCCCCUGGAUCGUCGCCAUCCUCACCAUCCUCACCGUCCUCGCCUGGCCACAUCCCCUUUCCUCCACUGCAGACCACCACUGUGCACGCGGACACUCUGAUUGCCCAUCCGAAGCCCAUCACCUUGCCAUCCUCCGCCAGCUCCACCCCGUUGCCCACGAGCCAGCACAGCUCGCGUGCCCUGUCCCGACACCUGCACGACCUCCCUGAACAGCACAUUCGAAAUUCGGCGUUUGUUGGCAACGUAGCGCAACUCGAAGCGACGGCCGAGAGACUCUCUACAGGAACCAGCUCCAUCGGAGACGCCAUUCGUGAUCUACACGAUGGUCUGAAGCGGAGUGAAAGCCGACGAUCCUCCACACUCGCUGCGAAUCUCCGAGCCGCACAAGACGACGACCAUCCCCACGAGCUACCGCCUGUCGGACAGCUCAAGAGGCACCUCUCCAACUCUUCAUCGAUCGUUGCCACGAACGCGGCAGCUCGUUACGGAGGCUACUCGCCCGCGGGCUUCAUCAUGUCCCCUACAAACUCAAUGACCGGCCGCCUGCGCUCGGGGUCCAAGAACUCGAGCGGCCGGCCAGCGGAUCUCGACUUUGAGCCCAUGGCCAUGGCGCGCCAUGGCCCUGGGAAGGCCUCAGUCAGGAGCGUCCGGUCAGCCAAGAUGUCACUUGCUGAAAUUACAGAGCUGGAGCCAACCUCGCUCACCAAGGAUGCGCUCGAUGCCGCUGACAACGCGCCUCCCAUCGAGGUGGACCCCUCGCUUCAGGAAGUCACGGCUGUGCCAUUGGGAACCGACGAGUAUGCGACGCCAACGGGCGAAGCACCCGUGCAGCAGACGAUGCCAACGACCCCGUCACAACAACAAGACACAGUCAUGCGCAAAAGUAGCAUCCGCUCCUUUAACACGUUCCAGCAGGCUAUGGAGGCCUUUGGCGACUUUGACGGCGUGCAUUGGCAGCCCGAGAUGGAUCAGCACGCUGACCACGAAUACGAACGCGAUCGACCUGACGCCCGACAGCUCAAGUACCACAUGGCUAGCUCCAAAGACCCGCGACCGCAGUCCUACAUGGACCCAGAAACGGGCCAAAAGAUGCUGUACUACCCUGCGCGUGUACCUGCCAUGCUCAACCUGCCGCCCAAAUUGUCCAACAAACCCAAGACGGAGCAACGCCAGGAGCGCCGUGCCAGGGUCCUCAGCGCCAUGCUACCGUCUGACAAGUACGCGGAAGAGCACGAGGCGGCUCAGCCUAGGAGACGGUCUGGCAUGCCAGAUACCUCGCGCGAAUCCUGGCUGCCGGACCCACUCGCGGGUCACCGCGGGUCAUUUAUCGCCUUGUCUCAGGAUAUCCCAGACGAUUCGCCGGAGCAGGGAGCCCGCGAGGGGGACCUGACACCACCUGCUGAGCCCGGGGCGGCGCUCCUAAGGCGCCCGCAGAGACUGUCUCACAACGGCCAGGACAAGGCCAAGAAGAGGGAGUCCCAGCUGCCGCCCCAAUUGCGCGCCAGUGCGUUCUUUGACAUGCCCACGACGCAAAACAAGGUGGAGAUUCAGGACGGCUCUGCCAUGGCUACGCUAGACAACAUGCUCGAUGCCUCCACCAACGCGCCAGUCGGUGCUUUCACGAACCAUGGGUACGGCGGCAAGUUGGGCGAUGAGGUGUAUGGCAAGGAGAAAAAGGCCAAAAAGCACAAGUCAAAGCUUUCGAGUGCGUCACUGCAACCUGAAGCCGCCGCCAAACAGCCGACCAAGAAACGCUCGUCGCGCUCGUGGUUCAUGAGGCGCAGCAGCAGCAAUUUGGACGAGGCAACGGCUCACAGGAGUCGAAGCCCAUCAGCCCUGGGCGACGUCCACGCUGAUACGGCGGCGACCGAGACAGAGGCACUCGCCGCGAGUGGAGAUGAGAAGAGUAGGCAAGGGGAUGCACGCGAAGCAGAGGGCGAGGAUGCGGACGAACAAGAUUCGUCGUCUGACAGCGAGGCGGAGCUGGACGGGCAACCCACUACGCUUCUGGCUGAGCUGCAGCUGCGCAAACAGCAGCAGAAGCAGCGGACGCAACCCCGGUUGACUACGGAGGGGACCUACAUGACCCUUCUCGAGAUGGACGCGGUGGCUGAGACGCAGCGCAAGCACCGCCAAUCUAAACGUAUCAACCUGGCAUGGGAGGAGCCGGGGGCGCACGCUGCCCAGAAUGGCUCUGAUGACGAAGAUGUGCCCUUGGCAAUCAUUGCCGCGAAGCACCAGGGGGCCAAGAACAUGGCCGACCUCGAGCGCCCGAUUGGACUCUUGGAGCGGCGCGAGCUGGAUGACAAUGAGACGCUGAGCCAUCGCCGUGCCCGUCUCCAAGGCAUAGAGCCAAUGUCCUUGGCCUUGCCCAAGCGACAAAGCAUGUCUGGUUUAUCCGCGCACCUGGGAGGGCACGCUCGAACACCAUCGAGCCUCCCGCGUACACCGAUGAAAACUCCGGAGCUUGAAGAGCCUGAGAUUGAGGAAGAGACACUGGGAGCGCGGAAAAAGCGGCUCGAGGCCCAGGAACUACCCAAGGCCCGGCCAGUGAGCAGCUCAUUCUCCGCCGAGCUCCUCAGCCAAUUUGGCGACCUAGACCAAGGCAAAGGCACCGCUGGAGAGGGUGAAGGCCAGGUUGGGUCGACGUCCCCGGCUGCCGAGGAGGAGGAAACUCUUGGCCAGCGUCGUCGCAGGUUGCAAGCGGAGCGCGAAGCCCGCGAGCGGGAGAUGAGCUACAACAACCUCGUUGGUGACUCGGCGACCACGCGUAGGCUGAGCAUGGCCGACAUCCUACAGGCCCAUCCCAAACGCGAGGCGGACACGCGUGCGCAGAGGGAGAGGCAGCGUGUCGAGCAGGAACGUCAAGUCCAGGCAGCUCGGGAGGCUCAAAUGGCCGCGAUGAGAGCGCACAUGCCCACUUCUCUCAAGAGCCCCAGCGUGAUGCGUGCUGGCGGAUUUCGAAGCGGCGCCUACAACGAUGGGUAUGGCGGCAACAACCAGGCCGCACGAUCGUACUCGGCCGUCCACACCCAAGGACAGAUGCAUGCACUGAAGAAUCAACGGUCGACGACGGCGAUGAGUGCGUACGGUAUGCCGACACCACAGACCCCAUACGCAGUCAACCCCAUGGGGGCUGCGGGCCCACUCGGCGGUUACCACAUAAGGAGCACGAGUGGUUACAACCACGGAAACAUGCAGCUACCAGGGCAUAUGGGGAUGCCUGGUGACACGAGUCCCGCGUCGAUGACACGGGUGGAACAGUGGCGGCACGGGGUGAUGCCGUGA